AUGGCACUCAAUUUGGACCUCAAUUGUCCACCACAAGAUGAGGAUUCUUCCAUGAAUGUUGAUACGACGUUGGGUCUUGGACUUCCUUAUGCACAAGUUAGGACAUCUUAUGAGCCCGAUGAUGAUGAUGUAAUAAUUCUCUCUCCUAGGAGCUACGCUGAGGCUGUCAACAAUUCCAUCAGGAAUCGUAGGGUAAUAGAGUUGGUUGAUAAUGAAACUGAAUCCCCGAGAGGCAGCUCAGCCAGGCGGCCUAGCAAUGGUAACAAGCGCCCAAGAAUUUCUGCAAAACAAAGAAGUGGUGGGGUGGAGGUAUGA